AACGGGAGAGAACGCGCCUGUUGCAAAAAUUCAGUGCUGCAUUCUCAUUCGUGAAGAAAGGAUGUACGCCCGGUUGUAGUCGAAUGAAUCCGUGUACAUCAUCGCCCCCACACAUGCCACGUGGCUCUGGAUCCGUGGAAAACUCCACACUGGAAUCGCACGGCCUACAGCUACUCGACAUGGCUGGAAAGGAGGACUACGAAGAGCUGCGCGAGCUUCUGCAGUCGUGGGAUGUCGCCGAUCUGCUGCCCCACCUGCAAGAUGAGGCCAUCAACGUGGACGAGCUGCAGAUGAUCAAGCGCCAUCAUCUGUCCGAGUUGCUGCGUAACUUUCGCUUCGGGACCCGCAUUCGCUUCGAGCACCACUUGGAGCGAUGGCGUCGCUGGCUAAAUGUUCCGCUGCAGGGUGGUCAUGGCCAGGGUCAGAGUCAGGGGUCGAUCCACUGUCACGGCUGCCGCUGUCCGGAGGUUCAGGCGCAGUCCGACUGCCCGGGGCCGGGGCAAACUCCCCUGGUGACGGGACAUCCAUUGGAAUUGCCAGAGGACAUGGAGAAGUCGGAGGAACUGGCCAAGACCAUACCGGCGGAAUCGCUGGUGGCCCUCAGUGAGCCAAGGAGCAUGCCCGUACCCUUUCAAUUGCCCCUGGACAAGGCCCCUGCUCAGAUUGCCAACGAGAUGAUGUUGGUCAAGCAGGAGCUGAUGCCGAUGCCGAUGCCGAUGCAGCAGCAAUCUAGGACGGUGGAGGUUGGAUCGGGGGUCGGCUCCUCGGGAGGAACCUCAGCCAGCAAAGAGGACCAGAGUGCAGUGGCCGACCAAGAGGUCAGUGUUAUGGGCAUCCUGCGAGCCUCGGGCCUGCGGUCGCAGACUCUGCUCGAGCGCAUUGGCCAGGACGAGCCGCUGGAUGCAGUGCAGCGGCUGCUGCUCAUCCAGCUGGUGUGCAGCUACUACGAGGACAACCAGCUGCAUCUGACCCUGCAGAGGAGCCACCUGCUGGAGCAGGAGAUCCUGCAGCUGUUCCCGCAGGAGCGGCUCAACUACUACCGCACCGAGAGGCGGGGCAAGAUCUACGUGCGGUUCACGAACAUGAAGAGGAGCAAGCGGCUCAGCUCCUCGCGACAGGAGCUGAAACGCCGCCGUUCCGAGCUCGUGCGAACGCUUCCAGCGGGCCAGGUACCCAGUGCCCAUGUGACCUUCGCCGGCGACCAGAUCUCCAGUCCGGACCGCUCCGAUUGAGCCAGCUGAGGCUCAAAAUCUUAACGUAAUGCUAAUCUUAGGUUAAGCCAUCCAAUCGGUGUGUAAUUUCUCUGUCUUACGUCUGUGAAACAAUCAGUUAUAGGGUAUUUUGCGGGUCGACGCGAUCCGGCGACUGACGAAACUAAAUCAAAACUGAUUUUGGUUA